AUGGGCUGUGACUUGGCAGGUUUGGAUCCUGAGCGAUGUGAACAUGCGCUGCAGGUGGCAGAGAUGCUGGGACUGCAAGCCGACGCAAGCUUGCUUGAGCUUGCUGGGAAGCGAAGGUUUGAGGUGCAGAAGGCGGCGGCCUUGAGCUCGGGCGACGGCGCGGCGAUGCGUCACGCGCUCUUUCACCUGGAGAGCGCCGGUGGCCCGGCUGCGGAUCGGCGACAGAUCCUGCAGGUCUUGGAGAUGGCUGGCAAGGGUUCCGUACCUUCAUCGUGCCAGCUCCGGAGUGCAGCGGAUCGCGAGUCGUUCAAGGCAAAAGAAGAGCAACUGUUGCAGCAUCUCAAAGAAGCUCGUGAGCAGGACUUGGAGGACUUCCGUGCAGCCGUCAGUGCGUGGACGCAGAGCCGAGCACGGAUUUACGCAGCACCAGAUCCAGAACCAGAUGCGAGAUCAGGCAUGGCUACCGAGCCAACCACCAAAGUGGACGAACCGCCAGCCUUCCAACAUGGAUGGACCAAUCCAUUUGGCUUGGAUCCCACCAGGGAGGUCUUCAACCCCUUUCCACCGCCAGUCGAGUAUGGUACUUUGCUGACCAACGCACAUCAUCGCGCUAAGCUGCAGGGGCAAGCAUUUGAACAUCCCGAUUUCUGGCGAAGUUCAAAAGGGCAAACCGGGCGAAUGGCACCCACUGCCAUGCACUUUUAA